UAAAGUUGGCAAAAUGACUGGUACAGUAAAGAAGUUGACGAGAGAAGAGGAGCUCCUACUCCAAGAUUUCAGCAGAAAUGUGACAACAAAGUCAUCAGCGUUGUUCUACGGAAAUGCCUUCAUCGUUUCAGCCAUUCCGAUUUGGUUAUUCUGGAGGAUCCACCAGAUGGACCCAUCCAACAACCAAUCUGCCGUACUCUUUGGUGUCAUGACCCUCAUCAGCACAUACUUGGUUGCAUUCGCAUACAAAAACGUCAAGUUUGUCCUGAAACACAAGAUUGCACUGAAGCGUGAGGAGGCUGUCUCCCGUGAGGUGAUGAAGAAGGUCGCUGAUGACAAGAGGAUGUCCAAGAAGGAAAAGGAUGAGAGAAUUCUGUGGAAGAAGAACGAAGUAGCUGACUACGAGGCCACUACAUUUUCCAUUUUCUACAAUAACGCCCUCUAUCUUGUCCUGAUGGUCAUCGCUUCGUUCUAUCUUUUACGUUCCAUCAACGAUCCAACCGUCAAUUACGUUCUUUCCGUGGUGUUGUCCAGCGGUCUAUUGGCACUGUUCUCAACUAGUACCAAGUAAAGACUGUAGAGGGCAGCUCAGCUUGGGAGAAUUGGGUGGGGGUAAACAUGUUUUAGAAUUUGAGUUUUUUCUCACUGACAGCUCAAAGUUUAACUUAAACACAAGACCAACAAAGAUGCACUUUGGCUGCUGGGAGUUUGUUUUAGCAAGUGGUUGUCAUUGCAGAAAGAAAACAUGUAGAAAACCAGUCAGAGAGGGUCGACACUUUUUGUACUCCAUGUCAAAAUUACAAAAUGUAAAUCAGUAUAACAAAUAAAAAAUAGUAAUAUACUUCUUAA